UUGGUGGCAUCGGCCGCGAUCGGUGCAGGGCGCGGCGGCCCCCUCCUCCUUUUGUGGCAGUGCCGGGUUGGGGAAGUGGUUCACUCGGGAGCGUAGAAGUGGAAGUGUCAGCGCGCAUUGGCGCCGUAGGAUUACCAUGUGGCUGCGGUGGAGACAUGUGGGGGGUGGGGGCGGAUGGUGGAGGCCACGCCACAGGAUGAAAUUUCCCCCGUUGGCUGUGCCCCUCGUGCUCAUCCUCAUCAUGAUGACAUUGGCAGAAGGAGCUAUGGGAAUCGACUGCUUCAAAUGUGUAUCGGUGAAUGGAGACAACCCUAGUUGCGAGGAUCCUUUCAACAACAAUUAUACCGUGGGAAUGCUAGAGAGUCCUUGCAUGGCCGGCAGGAAAGGCCGUGAAGGACUCUUCCCGGCCUCGGCAUGCAUCAAACUGGCCGGCAUUUAUGACGACAACGGACAAACCCUCAUAAUCCGGGACUGCACAGUGGAUUCAGGUCUCUCACACUGGACACAGAGCUGGCCCGGAUGUCUCACUGUGGGGCAUUUGUCCUCUCGGGCAGAUGAGACAGGAGAGAGCAUCAUGAUAAGGUCAUGUGCUCUGGACAGCGGUGGCUUAACGACAGACACGGAGAUCGUUCGAAUGUCUCACUGCGGCGCAUUUUAUUUAGAGGACAAGUAUGUCAAGGGAUGCCUCCAGAGCUGCGACGACCACGAGGGUUGCAACGGCGCCCCUCCGCCGACGACAGGCGCCCCUUCCAGGGUUCUUGGCGGACUCCUCUUCGUUCUCUUCUCUCAUAAAUUGUAGCUUUUACCUGGGGAAUUCCCAGGCGAUAUUAUGGGGUUUCUAGAUGAAAUACUUCCUCUAAAAGAAAGAUUUGGGGAUAGAAACUGUAGUACAGGAGUAGAAUAACAAAUGCUGAUUAAAUGUUCAUGCAUGACAUGCGUACUUCAAGUGUGAUUUUUUCAUAAACUGGAGAUGACAAUGACAACGUUGAAAACACAGCCUAACCGACUGAGCAGGCGAUAUCAUCAUUGCAUAUUAAAUUCCAGAUUGGCCCUUACAAUACUUUAAACACAUGAAGCUCGAAACUAAAACCAAGAUAUAUCAUUAAAUCUUAACUCUAAGGAAUUUAAUUCUCAGUACAGCUAAUUUAUUUUGUUAACGAACCAAACUGAAAAGAACCCCAAUUAUACUCAACAACUAUCUGUAUGUUACAAUUUCAUGGUUCAGGUAUUAACAAACUUUGCAUUUCUUACUGAUCUAAGCUAACGCUGGAUCACCUUUGGGAUGAAAAGAAAUUGCCAUCUUUCAAAUGAUGUUGGAACGACUUUAACCACAUCAGCUUUGUAAAAGUAAAUGUCCACAGCCAUUAAGAUAGUAAGAACAUUCAUCUGUAUUGCUAAGAAGGACAAAGCAAAGCCAAAAUUCACUGCAAGUAAGAGAUCUCCUGCUACAGUGACUAGACAGGAAUCCUGUAUAAUGAAUAGCCACUGCAAAAGGUGCUUUUCUGGCCCAUUUUUAUGACAAGAAGUUUGAAAAUGUUCAUUACACCCUCCUUGAAGUAUUUUCUUGUAAUGAAGCUGCACACAAAAAACAAAAGACUAUUCCUAUAUCUUUAUAUGGUAGAUCAUCAUUAUCAAAGAGCAGCAAGAGUCGCAAUCAAAACUAACAACAAACUGUAGUAACUCAAACUGUAGUAACUUACAGAGCAAACUUCAGUCGGCAGAUUUAAGGCGGGUAGAAAAAAAAUCAUAAAUAUAUAAAAUGCAGGCCAACGAGAAAUCACAACUUUAUGAGAUUCACUUUUCGAAAUACUGAAAUAUCUCGGGCCAUCAAAGGAAUCAUUAAGCUGAUGAAGAAGUAUUUAGUUAAUGAGAGCAUAUAUAACAACAAGAAAACUUUAAAAUUCCAUAAAAGAACUUAUACAUCAAGACUGGAACCAUUUAAUAUAAAGCAAAAGAAUAUUACAAGAGAAAAUAAAUUAAGUGAAUUUUAGUUUAUAGAUAUAAAAAUAAUCCAAAGUUUAAAUACGUUUAAAAUAAAUCCAAAAUUCACUAAGGUCUCCAGUCCACUGCUUACACAAAUGCUAUAUUGUUAUUGUCCAAUUUCAGAUGUACAAGAUUGCCUUUCAGAUUCAGUCUUACCAUCACUACUUUUCAUCCAUUGCCAAAAGAACCCUUUCUGGUAACAUGUGUAAAAACUUUUAAAGUCACUACUGUAUUAUAUAAAAAUAUAUGAGUCAUUAUAGAUAAAUAUUUCAGUAUCACUAAAAUCCUCUCCUCUUUGAAAUGCCGCAGGACAUUGUAGAGUCUUCAUCGUUGACGACUCGUUACAGUAGAUGGUAAAGUUACCUACGAUGAAAGAAAGGGAGUCAGAUGCCUUUCAAGGAGCGUUCUCUGACUCCAACGUACUAUAUUCCUUUCGUAGCAGAGUAACUGUAACCAUUAUUAGUGAAAAUGAAAUAAACAAAAAAAUAAAAGGUUCUUUUUUAAGGCAAAAAAAAAAAUAAUAAUAAUAAUGUGUGAUGUGGAUGUACU